AUGUCUUCAACGAUAACCUCACAAGUGGUGGUCUUAGCGACUGCCAUGGCUGUCUCUGGCACAGUCAUUUAUCAUGCUUUGCGCCUUCAAAGAUCUUUCUUGGCCACGCAAUUCCCCGUUCAUGAAAUUUCUCAGCCAUCUACUCCAGUUCUGCGUUCGUGCAUAUCAACGGCAGCUGGGAAUAAGGGGGAGAAGAAGAAGAAGAAAAGGGUGCACUUUGCAGAUGAUGUUGUGGAUUUAUGUGGAGAUGGAGAAGAGUUCAGAAGAAAGCAACGUGUACUUAGAAACUCUUCGUGUUCAAGACCAGAAUCGAUUUUUCAGAAGAACUGUGAUGGAAAAAGUGAUGUUAGAGGAAUGUCUGCUAAUAGGGUAGCCCUCUAUAAUGGAAUUCUCAGGGAUCGUGUAAAGAAUAAUGACUUACUCUUUCUCUGA